AUGGAUGUCCCUGGAUUUUCCUUCAUCACCGGCGGAGGGAGCGGAAUCGGCAAGGCGAGCGCUGAGGCCUUUGCAAGGGACGGUUCCAGCGGCGUGGUUGUCACCGAUAUCAACCUCGAAAAGGCUCAGGCGACAGUUGAGGAGAUUAGAGCCGUCGCCACUCAUCCCAAUUUCAAGGCCGAGGCAAUCCAGCUCGAUGUCACGUCUGAGGAAGCCGUCAAGGCAGCCAUCGCACAUACCUCGAAGCUCUUUGGUCGCAUAGAUUAUGUUGUCAAUUCAGCUGGUGUGGCGGCUGAUACCUUUGGUCCGAUAUCAGAGACAAACUUCGCCGAUUUCAAAAAGGUUCAGGAAGUCAACGUCAACGGUGCCUUUCUGGUAACGAGCGCUGCCUCUGCCGCGAUGAAGGCGCAGGAGGCCAAACCAGCCAGUGCAACGAAGCCUGGGCGAGGCACCACCCGAGGAUCCAUCGUUCUGCUGGCUUCAGUUACAGCUGUCAUCUCUGUGCCCGGGAUGGUGCAGUACACGACAUCAAAGCAUGCCAUCCUGGGAAUUACAAAGACCGCCGCCAUUGACCUGGUAUCCGAUGGGAUCCGCGUCAACUGUCUGUGCCCAGCGUGGACCAAGACGCCGAUGAUCCAAGUAGCUCUGGAUGUUGUUCCGGGAUUGGAGGAGAGUAUGCUGUCGGGUGUCCCGAUGAACCGGCUCGCAACUCCGGAGGAGGUCGCCGACUCAGUUCUCUACUUGAGCGGUUCGCGGUCGAGCUUCACAACAGGAACCAGUGUCAUUAUGGACGGAGGCAUGAGCUUGGGCCGCAAAGCGUAA